AUGACACCUCUAUCCCUUUCCUCUGCUUCCUCCGCGCGAGUCCAGCUGGCCCUUGACACCGUGUGGGCCAGUUCCACCCGCAACAAAUACGCGGCCGGAGUCGCCAUCUUUCACUCGUUCUGUGACUCAGAGCACAUUCCAGAUGCUUCUCGUCUACCUGCUGCAGAACAUCUACUCUGCGCGUUUGCGGCCUCGCGCAUCGGCUCCAUUGCCGGCUCUACAGUGCGUGGCUACAUCGCCGCUUUGAAGGCUUGGCACAUCUACUAUGAUGCUCAUUGGUACGGGGGCGCUCGCCUCAACCUCGUGCUCCACGGUGUCGAAAACAUGACACCCACCUCGUCUCGUCGCGCGCCUCGCCCUCCCAUCACCAGGGACAUGUUGCUUCUCCUGGCCGAUCAGCUUGAUCCCCUUGCGCCUUCGGACUCUGUCGUGCUCUCGGCCGCGUCCGUCGCUUUUUACGGUCAAUGCUGCCUUGGGGAGAUUCUUUCCGACUGGGAAGACUCAUUCCGGGUGGGACACACCGCUCUAUUCUCACACCUAUCUGACCCGCUCAACAACAACCGCUCACGCAAACUGUUUCUUCCCUUCACAAAGGUGUCAAAAUCGCGGGGCGAACAUGUGUACAUCUGUCGCCAAUCUGAUCGCUCCGACCCUGUCGCCGCUCUCGAGGCCCAUCUACUACUAAACUCCCCUCCCGCUUCCGUGCCUCUGUUCUCUUUCAAGGUCGGUUCCGGAGGCCGGUGGAAGUGCCUCACGAAGCGGCGCCUUCUACUCCGGUGCAAUGCUAUCUGGACUGCCCAUGGGUACAGCUCCUCCUCGGGGCACGCUUUCCGGAUUGGCGGGACCACCGAGCUUCUCCUCGCUGGCGUUCCACCGGACGUCGUCAAGACCAUGGGCCGCUGGUCGUCGGACGCGUUCCUCCGAUAUUGGCGCUCCCUCGAUAUUCUCGCUCCUCUUCAUGCUGAGCGCCUGCCUUCCGCUCAUGCGGCACGUCGCGCUCAUUCGCCCUCUAUUUGUCUGCCCCGAGCGUGA